AUGAAUGAGCCCAUUUAUAUGAUUUAUACUUCGUUUUUCUUCUCAACGGCUUAUUCCUUUGUAUCAUCAUCAGAAAGUCCUUUGAUUUGUCCUUUAGAUAGAUAUUGGGACAAUGUUGCAGGGAUAUGCAAAGAAUGUGUCCGCAUAAUGUCUGGAUUUAAUCAUCUCAAUUGCUCAAUCCCAUGUCGAUUUCCAAGCUAUAGCUUUGAAUGUCGAAACAAGUGCAACUGUAGUGAUCAGAUAUGUAGCAAUAUCUUGGGAUGCAACAUGAAUUAUGUCAGAAGAAGAAAACAAGAAUUGGGAGAAAAGGUUUGCAAUGUUGGUUAUCAUGGGCUCGAUUGUUUAAAGCCAUGCCGAUAUCCUAACUUUGGUCCAUUAUGUCAAAACAAGUGUGAUUGCAACGAGACAAUCCGCAGCAAUGUAAGAGGAUGCAUCUUGGAUAUUUCCACCAAAUUUGUAACAGAAGUGAAACAUAUAGGAAAAGAACUUGAAAAUUCUUCGGUGGAUUCUUUAACGGAUUCUUCGGGAGAUAUUAAUAUUGGAAUAUUGACAACAAUAAUAACCGCAUCUCUUCUUGUCAUCAUAGUUGUGACUCAAUUAAUAAGAAAGCAAUGUGGUCGAAGGACGCCUUCUUUUGAAACCAACUACAACACUUAUCAUAUAUAAUCAUCAUACAACUACCUCCUUUGGAAUCAUAUAUAACUGUAACUACAAACAUUAACAAAUAGCUUGUUAAUUUUAACAUUACUCGAUUGCUCUGAACAAAUUUUACCAUUUUUUUAAAUUUUCAAACCUCUUAAAGUAAUUUACGGUAAUAUUUAGUGUUUCAUUUUUGGCAAACCGAUCCUUAAUUGAUUUUUCAAGUAUUUGUUCAAAUACAAUUAUCAUAAGGAAACGUUUAAGUAAUUAAAAGUGCUGAUGGCUUAGUAAACUUUAUAGAAUGAUUUAAUUUACGACUAAAAAAAGAGCAAAGGUCGUGAAAAACAAGUUGAGCUCAUUUCUGUGAAAAUAAUUCUAAAAACUGGCAACAAAGCAACAAUAUUUAUCAAGAUACACAUUUGAGAUAAAAUUUGAUUAUCAUUAGUAUAUCAUGAGUAUAUUCUUAUAAUAUUGCCCAUCUUUAAGGAUAAUAACCAACUUAUAUUAUGUGACCAGGGACGCAUUACAUGUAACACAGAGUAGCGCGUACUAUACUGUCUGAUUAAAUAUCAAACGUAUAUAAUAAUUUAAUAGCUAACAGAAAUAUGUUUGUAUGAAAAGCAUUAUUUGUUGUUGCUGUUUUGUUGUUGUUGUUUUUUUUUAUUGGGGGGGGUCGUUUAAGUUAAUUGACACUUUAUACUAGUAGUAAAUCUCAAAGUGCUGUUCAAUUAUAGAUAUAAGCUUUGUGUUUUAUUUCAAAAUUCGUAGAAAAAAGUUGAAUUAUUUUUUCAAAGUUUUAAUUAACUAGGAAAUAAAUAGCAGUUUAAUCUUUGUAUGGGACAUCAAUGAUUCUAGUUUGCCUCAAAAAGGGUAUUCACAGCUUUUUCUACAGCUUCCACACAAUUGUGUCAUUUGAGCAAUACUUUGACAACAAUUCCACAAUCAAUAUUUCCAGCAAGAAAUUUGCAGCCUAAUGUAACUUCAUCGGGAAAUAAAAAUAUCUAAUAUCGACAUUUUUUUUGGUAAAUAUGUAUAAAAUUGUGUCAUGAUGUAUUGUAUUAUAAUUCAUUGUAUAUUCUAACAUAAUAAUAUGGAUUUGUAGCAUAUAACUGUUCAACUGUAUUUGUAAAAAAAUGAUAUGAUGUAAGAUCAUUUAUGUUGAGCAACGACUUUAUCACAGUUGAUUUCAUUUAU